AUGAAACAACCGAGGAAACGACUGUUAUCGGGAGAAAAGCAAAAACAAAAAAAAAUAGCUCAAAAAAAUACUAAAACAUACAAGAAAGUAGAACUGGCCGCGAAUGUGACAGUUAAUCCUCAGUUAGUGCCGACUAAUUCGAAUGCCUUAACUGGCGGUAUGUUCAUCCUCCCCAUAGCAAUACCGUCCUCUCAUAUGCAAAUGCCCAUCCGUUUCCGAAAUUUUCUCGUUUUAUCAACAGGAAAUCGGAUCAAUAACAAUCCAGUUACUAAUCAGCAGCCAGCUUCCAGCACCAAAAAAGAAGACGAAGGUAUAUCACCACAAGUAGGGAUUCAAAUGACUCCAAUAGAACAACCCCAAUAUCACGGUACAUGCAAACAAUUAAACGAAUCUACCCAAACAUCUACCACAUUAAAUAACAAGCAAAGAAAUAAUGUACAAAUACCGUUGGUAGAGACGCUGUCUCAACCUCCAUUCGGUACGCCUACGAGACAAAUUACGGAUUAUUCUUGGAUGAUACACAAUAAACAACAAAAUUUUCUUCAAACGCAGCGAAAUAAUUUAAAGGAAAGUAUCAUAAACAGAGAUCAAAACUGUCAAGACGAUAAUAAGAAUAAUAUUCCGGGAAUAUCAAAUUCGAUUAUUUCAUUCGAUUUAUCAAUUCCUAAAAGUCAGUGCAUUUCAAUGCCAAUGGAGAAAAAUAUCCCACUAAUUUAUGAGAAUGUCACACCACCACCCUCAGUAGUUCACUUUGAUAAUGCAGCCGAAGAGAGAAUGUCAGUUAAUUAUCAAUUUGAUUCAGAAAGUGGCACGCAGCUAGUGCAGAAAAGGCAGUCAGCAUGGAAAUUGCAUCAACCACAAACGAACAGUGGCCUAACAAAACAAAAACAUUCUUCAAUACGAAAAAGUAGGUAUCAAAUGUUUUUAAAGUACAGAAUAGUAAUUAAAACUGAUAAUUCAACUGAACGAGGUUUAGUUACCUAA